UCCGCCUCCUGCAAUUUGCAAAGACCACCCCACACACCCCAGCAGGAAAAAGAAAUCAUCCAACACAAACAACAACAACAACGAAACGGCCGCACAACACAGCCAACAACAGCCAAGCGAGUGCGUGAGGAACCGCCUGCCGUGUUCGCCGAGAUGGACUUGUUGGAUGACUUGACUGUCAAUGAGAUUCGCGGGGCGCUGCUCUACGUGGCCGAGCGCAACCCAGAAGCCCGCAAUCGCACACUCAAGCUGAUUCAGAAGCAUCUCGCCACGCUCGUCAAGCAGGCAAAGGAGGAAGAGGAGGAGCUGGGCAACGAAACAGAUGGCAGCGUGACGGAUGAAGUCCAAAGCACAGCAGCCCAGAGCGAUUUUGUGAUCCGCGCAGUCAUCAACGGCCACGAAUUUGAAGAACACGCAUUUGCUGGCAAGGCCCACUGCAUCCAUUGCACAGAGCCGUUCACCUCCGAUUCACAGACGUACAAGUGCACGCGCUGCCUGUCCAACUGUCAUCGCGAGUGCAUCCCUUACCUUGUUAAAUGUGCAGCUGCGCCAAAGAAGACGUCCAGGCGCAACAAGACGCGGCGGCGGCCUGCGUCUGCGAGCGGACAGCGCACAACGCCCACGUUCCCUGCAGUCACCAGCUCUGUGGUGGACGAUGGAUAUGACAUUGACAGCGACGAAGCAGCAGCAGAUGCAGAUACAGACACGUCGUUUGCACCCGUGCAGCGAGGCGGUGGCCGCCCUGCGCGCGCUGCUGAAAACGCGCGAGAAACAGGUACGGCCGCAGUUACAGUGGCACACCGCAAGCACUCACCAUUGCGAGAGCAGAGCGAGCACACGCAUGACGAGCACGAAGAAGAAGCCCACGAUGAUGAGAAUGGGGAUGAGGAUGAGGUGGACAAUUCAUCCGACGAUGUGGAGAACUCCUCCGAUGAAGAGCUGGUCAACAGCAGCUCCAGUGCCGGCACUUCUGAUGAUGACGACGAUGAAGAUGAAGAUGAAGAUGAAGAUGAAGAUGAAGAUGAAGAUGAUGAGGAUACACAUGGUCAUGGCGGUGCGUUCAGCCCGCUAACACGCGGACACCUGCAACUGCAACGCACGAUGGCACAAAUGGAGGAUGACAACGACAACAAUGAUGAUGACGACGAUGACGAUGAUGAUGGUGACGACGAGUUUGCCUCGCCGUUCAAGCGAUUUUACACGGGAUCUCAGGCCGACUGGAAGAAACACACGCGCAGCUACAGGCAACGCCUGUCGGCGUCGAAGCGCAUGGGUGUUGAGCAGCUGAAGAAGGCGCUCACCAUGAUCCAGCACCUCAACCACGAGUUUGACCAGAUCCCCCAGAACACCGUGUCGAUGGAUGUGAUGCCACGCCUCACAGAUGACAAGAACCGCUACUUCAACAUCCUUCCAAACAACCACACUCGGGUUGUUCUGCCGCGCGUGAAUGACGAUCACACGACAGAAUACAUCAACGCCAACUUCAUGACCGGCCACAAAAAGGCGCGGGAUGCGUACAUUGCGACGCAGGGCCCAAUGAAGAACACCGUCUGGGACUUUUGGCGAAUGGUGUGGACGGUCAACAGCCCCGUCAUCGUGAUGGUCACAGAUCUAGAGGAGAACGGCAGCAACAAGUGCGAGCGGUACUGGCCAGCGGAAGUUGGGCAGACGGAGACGUACAAGGACAUCAAGGUCACGCUCAAGAGGGAAAGCCAAGCAUCUCCAAACUACACCACCUCCACGCUGCAUGUGGAGCAAGACGGAGAGGUGCGGGAGAUUAAGCAUCUCUGGUGGAAGGACUGGCCAGACAAAGGUGUGCCGGAACAAAUUGAUGGGAUUUUCACGUUCAUCACAGACACGCGCGCGCUUACGGAAGCUGGGUCCGGACCGCCGAUUAUCCACUGCAGCGCCGGUGUUGGGCGCACGGGGUGCUUCAUCAACAUCGACAUUGGCAUGCAAGAGUACGAGGAGACGGGGGCUGUGGAUGUGCUGAAGAACGUGUGCCAGGCGCGCAAGAACCGCGGCAUGACGGUGCAGACGGCGAAGCAGUACGUCUUCAUCCACCAGGUCCUCCUGCAAUACAUGCAGGAGCGCCAACAGCAGCAGCAGCAGCAGCAGCAGGGGCAGCAGGGGCAGCAGGGGUGGGAUGGCGCUGCUGACACAGCUGCGACGGCAGUGGAAAACGGGGGCGUUCAUGCGAAGCCAAUGGCCACACCAAAGCUGUCAAUCACAGACGCGGGCACAGACGCGGCAGAGGCGGCGACAGAUGGUGGUGACAGCGUGCGGUCUGCGAUUGCCAAGGUGACUGGCGCAUGGGAGCAUCAGGCGGACGUGGAGAAGAUGGAGGAGAAGGACAAGUUGAGUCCGUUGUCGUCACCAAAGACAAGCCCCGUGCUGCAGCGGCGACAGGACAGCGUGUGGCAGUUCAAGAAGCAGUACCAACGCAGUCGCCGCGCCAGCAGACGCAUCUCACGGAGGAAACCUUCUGGCAACAAGUCGUCGUCGUCGGCGUCUGCGCUAGCGAACACGGCUAGCGAAGCAUCAGCACCAACAGCAUCAUCGUCAGCACUGAAGACAACAGCAACAGCGGCUCGGCAGCGGCAGGAUGAGGAAUCGGGGGAGGACGAAGGCCCGCGUGAGCACGAGUUCAACACCAAGACAUAUGUGCGGGAGACGCUGUGCGACGUCUGCAACGAAGUGCUCGCCGGCGUGGCUCGACAGGGCCUGCGUUGCCGGGCGUGCAAGAUGAAUGUGCAUCAGUACUGCAUGGAGAGUGCACCUGCGGAGUGUGCGGGGACAGCGCUGGGUCGACAGCCAAGCAUGCUGCCGUCAUGGCCACCACGCAGGCCGGGGAGAGCAACGACGAAACGAUCCCGUCGCAGGAUCAGGCGCGACUGAUGGGAUACCGCCAAACCCGGGAGCUGAUUGCUCACUUGUGUGUGUGUGUGUGUGUGUGUGUGUGUGUGUGUGUGUGUGUGUGUGUGUUUGUGUGU